AUGGUUUGAAUGAUCGAGAAGGAGAGUCUCCCUGUGUGCCUAUGAGCGCCGCCUGUCACUGGAAUACGAUAUAGAGGACAGGCCGGGCCUGGUUAUCGCUGGUUCUCCACGCGGGCUGCACACAGGAGCUGACCGGCACAGACAGCAGCCAUGUUCCGCAGGAUAUUACAGAUGACUCCAGGGAGAGUUGGUUCUCAGAACUCAGAGUCCGAAUCUUCUGCAACCCCAGGAAGCACUGUUAACAAUGAAAAUACUUCAGAGGGCUUCAUCUGUCCCCUGUGUAUGAAAUCCCACGCAACGGCUGAAGAACUUUUCCUACACUAUCAAGCUUCUCAUGAGCCAAGCAAUGACCCUGCACAUGGAGAAGACCACGUAUCUCCAAAAAGCGAUGAAGCCCUAUUGCUUCGACAGGAAGUUCAAGACUUGCAGGCUUCUCUUAAGGAAGAGAAAUGGUAUGCAGAAGAGUUGAAGAAAGAGUUGGAAAGAGCUCAAGAGCAACUGAAGCAAGUAUCUGUGCCAGAUGGGAUGACCACAGUUGCAGCUACAGAGCUUCAGUCUUUAGAACAGCAGGUAGAAGAAGCCCGGACGGAAAUCUUUAAUAUUAAGCAAAUGAAGGACUUGUUUGAGCAGAAAGCAGCCCAGCUGGCCACCGAAGUUGUUCAGUUAAAAUCAGAAUAUGAUGAAGAAAAAGGUCACCUUGCAGCCGCAAAAGAGAAAGUUGAAUAUUUAAACCAGGAACUCGAGUCAAAGUCACAUUUAAUUGAAGACUUAAAGACAGAGUUGCUCCAGCGGCCUGGAAUUGAAGAUGUUGCUGUGUUGAAGAAAGAGCUUGUCCAGGUUCAGACGUUGAUGGACAAAACCACUCUAGAACGUGAGAAGGAAUCCGAAAAGCUAAAAGAUGAGUGUAAACAGCUGCAUAUGCAAAAUGCUAACUCAGAGGCUACUAUUAGCCAGUUAAAAGCUGAGCUUGCUAAAGGUCCUCAAGAGGUUGCAGUGUAUGUGCAAGAACUCCAGCAACUGAAGAGUUCAAUGACAGAGUUAUCUCAGAAAAACGAGAGUUUACUAGAAAAGAUCUUAAAGAAAGAGUUAGAUUACACCAAGCUGGAGGAGAAGCACAGUGAAGAGUCCACAGCCAAGAAGAACCUGCAAGUUGCUCUGAACCAAAAGGACGUGGAAUGUCAGCAGCUUCAAGCUCGGCUCUCUGCUGGGGAAACCUCACUACAGACAGUCAGGACAGAGUUGGCCGAGAAAGUAGAAGCCAAUCAGAAACUGAAAGAGGAACUCUCUGAGGUAGAGACCAAACACCAGCAUCUGAAGGCCGAGUUCAAACAGAUUCAGCAGCAGCGAGAUGAGAAAGAGCAGCAUUGUCUGCAGCUGCAAAGCGAAAUAAAUCAGCUUCACAGCAAGUUACUGGAGACAGAGCGCCAGCUAGGGGAAGCUCAUGGAAGGCUGAAAGAGCAGAGACAGCUGUCUGCUGAGAAGCUGAUGGACAAGGAACAGCAGGUGGCAGAUUUGCAGCUGAAGCUCUCACGUGCUGAGGAGCAGCUUAAAGAAAAGACAACCACCUCUAGCGACCUGCAACACCAACUGGAAAAGAUAAGGCAACAGCAUCAAGAACAGCAGACCCUCCAGCAAAGCACAACAUCCAAACUUAGGGAAGCACAGAAUGAUCUUGAACAAGUAUUACGCCAAAUUGGGGAUAAAGACCAAAAGAUACAGAACCUCGAGGCCUUACUAGAGAAGAGCAAAAAGAAUAUCUCUUUGCUGGAAAAAGAGCGGGAAGAUUUGUAUGCCAAAAUUCAAGCUGGGGAAGGAGAAACUGCUGUUCUGAACCAACUUCAAGAGAAAAAUCAUGCACUGCAUGAACAGCUAACACAGCUCACAGAGAAGUUAAAGAACCAGUCAGAAAGUCACAAACAAGCUCAAGAAAACUUGCACGAGCAAAUGCAGGAGCAGAAAUCACAUCUUCGAGCAUCACAGGACCACGUACGGUCUCUGGAGACAACCAUUAGUGAGCUCAAUGGCCAACUGAACGAAAGUAAAGAGAAGAUGUCCCAGCUGGAUUUGCAGAUCAAAGCGAAGACUGAACUUUUGUUGUCAGCAGAAGCAGCAAAAACAGCCCAGAGAGUAGAUCUCCAAAGCCACUUGGAUACAGCACAGAAUGCAUUGCAAGAUAAGCAACAGGAGUUACAUAAAGUAAACACUCAGCUUGAACAAGUGACAACAAAAUUACAGGACAAACAGGAAUACUGCGUUCAGAUGGAGUCAAAUCUGAAGGAAUAUAAAGAAAAACAUCUCAACCUAGAACAGAAGUCUGAAGCCUUAGAAGGGCAGCUUAAGAAACUCGAAGCAGACCUGGCUAAUGUCAAAGCCAGCCGAGAGCAGACCAUGCAGGAACUACAGCAACAAAAACAACUGAGCACGCAGCUGGAACUCAAAGUCACAGAGCUCUCCAAACAGCUGGAGGAUGAGAAGGGAUUAGUAUCUAAAGCUAAGCAAGAGUUACAAAAGAAAUCCGACUCUCUGCAGCAGUCAAAAGAGGUGCUCACAAAGCACGAGGAAGAAACAAACAGCCUCAAGGAAAGGCUGGAGAAACUCAAGCAAGAUUUAGAGAAGACGACAAAGCGAAUGCAAGAUGCUGUAGCCAGUGGAGAGAAGGUCAGGCAGGAAAGAGACUCUUUACAGAAGGAGCUCACUGAUGCCAAAGGCAAGCUGGAAAAGAAUAGUGGUAUCUUAAAGGAGUCCAAGGACGAGCUUGAAAAAGAACGACAGCAGGGAAGGCAAAUGAUUCAGAACAUUGAGAAAUCACAUGAAGAAGUGAAAAAUAAACUCCAAACGCAGGCUGAUUCUGCAGUUAAGGAAGUAAAAGAACUCAAAACUACAUUGCAGAAAAAAGAGGAGGAAUCCUCCAACUUGAAGGCUGAGCUUGACAAGGCACGUGGCUAUGUUGCCAAACUCCACAGUUCAAUCAAAGAGAAAGAAAAGCUUGAACAAGAACUCAAGAGCAACUUGAAAAAGAUCCAGGAUUCCUCUGAACAAGAUAAAAAACUUCAGAAAACCGAGAUCGAAGCAUUGACUGCAAAAUUGGCACAAAAGGUAGAAGAAGAGGGAGUAUUACAGCAACAAAUAAUAUCCGUGAACAGUGAUCUGGAUACGGAGAAGAAAAAGCUUUCUGAUCUGGAGAAAGCUAAUGGAGCCUUGCAAGAGAAAUUCAAUUUGUUGCAGUCAGAUAUGUAUGGGAAGGAGUCUGAAGUGUCCGCAAUACAGCAGGAUCUCAAAUCUGCAGACGAAAAGCUUGUCCUGGCACAAGAAGAGCUAAAGUCUAAUAGGAAUGAAAUAAACAGGCAGAAUAACGCGGUCCAGGAACUUACCGCUUUGAAAGCUACCAUGGAGCAGGACAUAGCUAAAAAAACAAGCCAAGUGAAACAGCAGGAAAAGACCCUGAAAGAAUUACAAGAACAGAAGGCCUCAACUGAAAAAGAGUUGAAUGAUGAGAAACUGAGAGCAACUAGUUUAAGUUCUCUGAAGGAAGAACUUGAGAAGGACUUGACCAAGAGGAGAGAGGAACUAAAAAGUUUUAAAGAGGAGUACCAAAAGAAAACCAGCAAUUUUGAAGAAGCAAAACAACUAUUGAUUCAGCAGAAGUUGGAACUUCAGGGCAAACAUGACAAUUUAACGUCCACAAUUCAGCAGGAGAAGAAAGUUCAGCAGAGUCUAAAAGAUGACAUGAAAAGAAAGGAGGAGGAAUGGAAGAAACAAAGCAUCGAGCUCAAAGAUAAACUGAUAACAGAAGCAAAAGAAAAAGAAGAGCAAAAAAAGACAUCUGAGGAGAAUGAGUCCAAACUAAACAUGCAGAUCACUGCGUUGAAUGAGAACAUUGCGACACUCAAGAAGGAGUGGCAGAGCAGCCAGCGCCGCGUCGGUGAGCUGGAGAAGCAGACGGAUGAGCUGAGGGGAGAGAUUGCAGUGCUAGAGGCAACUGUCCAGAAUAACCAAGACGAAAGACGUGCCCUUCUAGAAAGGUAUCUUAAAAGCGAGGGAGAAAUUGAAAAACUUCAAGCCAAAGUAGUAGAGUUAAGGAAGAAAGUAGACGAAACGUCGUAUGCCAUGGAGGAGCUGGGCAGAGAAAACCAGUCUCUACAGAUUAAACACAGUCAGGCACUUAAUCGGAAAUGGACCGAGGAUCAUGAAGUUCAAAAUUGUAUGGAAUGUGGGAAAGGGUUUUCUGUAACAAUUAGAAGGCAUCACUGUAGACACUGUGGGAAUAUAUUCUGUGCCGAAUGUUCCGCAAAGAAUGCCUUAACGCCUUCCUCCAAAAAGCCUGUCCGUGUGUGUAAUACAUGUUUUAAUGACUUGCAAGGAUAGGGAUGGUUGUUUAGUUAGACUCUGCAAAUUACAUUUAGUAUUUUUGGUAAUGCACUUCGUAAAAAGCACUCAAAGUACUUAUUCCUCUGGAUGACGAUUGUAAAAUUCAACAAUAUAAAAAAAAAAUAUCUUUUGAAAUGUUUUAUUGAUACAGAUGUAAAAGUAUUGUGUUUUUCAUGAAAUAUGACCUUCAUUCACUCUCUGCAUCAUGCUCUCUUCUUGGAAGAUUACUCUUUGUUUUUAAGAUUCAGUUUGUUUGGCUGCUUGUAAAUAUGAGCCUUACAGAAAUGAAACUCAAUGUGUUGUUUUUGUUUUUUUAUACUUCAGUAAAUCAGGAAACACUUCAGUAUAAAA